GGGAACUGGAACCUACGGCGCUUUCUAGAAUAGAUGUGCUUAAAAGAGACCUCGCGAAUGGUGACGAUCAAAAUCGACUCCUCCGCUUAUACCGCUCUCGAACCAGCUAUGAUGGUCGUAUUGCAGCCUAGGUGGGCUAGGCUAGGCGCAGGAGCGGUGCAUGAGGUACGUGCAGUGCAGCAGACUAUGGAAAGGCUCCGUGAGUAUAAUAAGAAACCAUGCGGCCCAGCGGUACGAGCGGCCGUCACGCCUGUCACUUGCCUGUCGCCAUCAUGCUGUCCUCGCUGCUGUUGGUGCCACUGGGCGCAUCACUGACCCUUCAAUCGCCCAUAUUGGAAGAACGACAAGACUCGGCUCUUGCCAUCGCCAUACCGGCCACCGCACCAAGUGACGCUUCGGAUGCUGUGCCUCUCGACUACCCAGCCUUGGCCUUCUCGCAACACUCCUUCCAUCACUACGCUGGCAACAAGUCGUCCCCGAAUGUCUUCUCCCGAAACCUGGUCAACUCGAUCGCGAGUAAGCUUGGCACGAAUGUCCACGUCCGUGUUGGUGGAACUAGUGGCGAUCAUGCUACUUUUGUACCAUCGCAGACCACCGCGCUGGACAAAGAGGCAUCAGUGGGUUCGAUCCCCAUUGGCAUGAAGAUCGGCCCAGUCUGGUUCGAGGGUUUUGCGAGCUGGCCAGGAACGAAGUGGACGUACAUGACCCACUUCGCCAAGUACGGCGCGCUCGACAAUUCGGUUGCUGCCACCAAAGAGUACUUUGAGAACGUGCCCAGCGGAGACCACGAAGCGCUCGAGAUCGGCAAUGAAAUCAACAAAUACCCAGGCGUCGACAGACCAUCAGCAUGGGGAGUCUCUAAUUAUAUCACCGAAUGGAAGAACUAUAGCCAAACCAUCCGACAGCAGGUUCCCAGCAAUCCGAAUGUUUUCCAAGCGCCAGUCUACAUUGGCAACAACUGCCCAUGGUGCAUUGCUACAACCUUCUCCAGUGGUCAAGGCGAUGAUGGGAACAUCAAAUCAGCUGCACUCCACCACUAUAUGGAUUCAAGCGCCAAUGUUGACCUCCAGGCCAACUAUAUGAAUCACUCCCGAAUCGCAUCGCAGCUUGACACUCUCUGCAAGCCUCCGGUGGCCUGGUUGAAAAAGAAUCGCCCAAACAUUCCACUCCACCUUGCGGAGGACAACAGCAAUAUCUACAGCACCAACAAUUACGACAAGCUGGGCACUUUCGGUAACGCUCUCUGGCUUGUGGACUACAUGCUCUACGCCGCCUUCCUCAACAUCAAGCGCAUGAACGUGCAGCAAAGCACUGGCUUCUCAUACUCCUCAUGGCGCGGUAUCAAUAGCGACGCAGGCCCAGCGGCCGUGCUGCCUCCAUACUACGCCCACCCCUUCGUCGCCGACGUGAUUGGCAACGGACUGAGCAAUUUGAAGCUCUACAACAUUCCCAACACCGGCGACCAGUUCUCAGCAUACGGCGUCUACGAUUCCAACGGCAACCCAAAGCGAAUCGUCCUGAUCAACUUCCAACUGUACUGGUCAGGAUCGGGUACUCGCCCGGCCAAGAGCGUCACCCUUACCCUCGGCAGCUCUUUGACCAAGACCGUGAAAGUCGAAUACCUGACCGCUCCUGCUGGAGAUGUUCAAGACGCCUCGAAGAUUUCUUGGAAGGGACAAAGCUGGACGUAUGCGAGCAAUGGUCAACCUGUAAAUGGCCAAUCCACGACUCUGAAUGUUGCGGCAAGAAAUGGCAAGAUUGGUCCGAUCACUGUACGCGCCAGUGAGGCUGUGCUGUUGACCUUGUAG